UCUUAUUUUGAAAUUGUUACUGAAAUACUAUGCAUUCAUUAUGGGUCUAAUGUUCUUACAAUAGCUCAAAUAGAACAACAGUGUUGACUGUUGUGCUCUUGUCUUCCAGCAGGUGAAACUGGUAUGCCAGGUGCACAAUUCAGUGUUGACACACCCAAAGAUUAUUUAAAAAAAAAAGUCCUACUCAACGUGUCAGAAAGGGCGCGGUCUGGAUAAGGUGUGCCAGCCGCCCUCCCCGCUCCACAGCUUCUCCCUCACUGUGUCCCUCCCUCACCUGUCUACCUGCCCGACUUGACUCAUUGAUCCCCGCGUCGCUUGAGCAUCGGAACCUCCGUCACGAUGGCCGGCCUCCAACCGCUCAAAUCGGCCCUGUCCAUCUCCCCCGUGGAUGACACCUCUCUGGCCUUGCCCUCGGCCCACAAGCAGUACCGCUCCGGAGAGCAGCGCGUACUGGAGCAGGUGCAGAGCGUGCAGAGGACCAGAUCCAGGCACUCCAGCAGCAGCAGGACUGGCUCGACCUCUUUGUCUCCGACCAGCCCUUUGAAUGAUGCAAUCGUUUCUACUGGAAAUGUCUUCUUUGGGAAUGGUUACCUAAAAACUGUCCCUCUUGAGAAAAGUCUCAACCGCCAAUCAUUCAACAGCACACCUAGCGCCAAGACCUUCAAUCGUCGCUAUGAAUUCGGCUACACUCCCAUGGGCUGUGUGGCCCCCAACCGUGAAGAGCCCGACCGAGGCUGGCAGUCCUCCUUACCCAAGCGCCGCGAGCUCCCGCAGAGGCUCCUCUCUAACCGCAGCACCUACAAAACGGAGAUGCUCCGCAGCAGGAAUCAAUUCACGGGUAACAGUCAGCAUUUCGUCAGCAGUCCGCUUGACGUCAAGAAAACACAGUCCAAGCCUCUGCUGCUGGACAGUCAGCCCAAGCAAAGCAAGCUGCCCGGCAAAGUGGAUUCUGGAUCAAGCGGAAACAGCGCGGUGGCUGACAUCACCAUGAAAGAAGCCGUCGACUUCCUGUGCAACGAGGAUAUCGAAUACCAGCACCGCGGAGCCUCCUACAUCCAGCACAACACUUUCAUGAACGACAAGGCCAAGGAAGAGGUGAUGAAGCGCAAAGGGAUUGCUCCCUUGGUGGCACUUCUGCACAGCUCCAACCCGACCUUGAGGCAGACGGCCUCGGCCGCCCUACGCAACCUCGCCUUCAAGAACAACGACAACAAGGCGGAGAUCCAACGAUGCGGUGGCAUUGCAUCUGCUGUGGCCCUGCUUCGUGAAACCAACUCCCUUGAGACCCAGAAGCAGCUCACAGGUCUUCUGUGGAAUUUGUCAUCAGCCAACAGCCUGAAGACGGACUUGCUAAAAAGCACGCUGGCUGUUCUGAUGGAACGCAUCAUCCUGCCUUACACCGCAAGCCCAAAGCGGGACACAGCCAGCGGUCCGGAUCAUGAAUCCUUCUUUCACGCCACCAGCUGUCUGCGAAACCUCAGCAGUGGAAACCAGAGCAACCGGCAGACCAUGAGGAAAUGUCGAGGUUUGGUGGAUUCCUUGGUCGCUUACCUUGAAGACUGCGUGGAUGCUGGCAGGACAGAUGAUAAGUGUGCGGAGAACUGCGCGUGCAUUCUGCACAACCUCACCUUUGAGUUGGAAUCCGAGGCCCCGGCUUUGUUCAACCGCAUUACAGCACUUGCCAAGCCCGUUGGCCCAGUGGAGAGUCAGGGUGACACCGGGCCGAUCAGCUGCUUCAAUUCCCAAAGCAAAGGCUCUGACAACAAGCGCUACUUUGAUUUCCCAGUGGUGGAGGACCCCAACCCGAGUGGGGCCGGCUGGCUCAUCCACUCCAAAACCCUGCAGAACUACUUGUCCUUAUUGGACUCAAGUCAUCGGGAGGAAACCCAGGAGGCUUGCUGCGGAGCUUUGCAGAACCUCACAGCACAAGACGGCAUCGUUUCCAACGUCAUGAGCCAGACGGUGGUGCAAAAGCUGGACGGCCUGCAGGUAAUCACGCCACUUUUGAAGUCAAACAAAGUCACCCUGCAGAGGAACGCUGUGGCGUUGAUUCGGAACUUCAGCAAGAAUCCCAACCUGCAAGGCAUCUUGGCUCGCAAGGUGUUGCCUGAGCUACUGGGCAUCCUGAGUGCGGGGGCCAAGGAGGGCAACGAGUCUGACGACACCCUGGCCAUGGCGUGUCAGACGGCCAACUUCCUGGUGGCCAAGGAGCCCGAGACCAGCAAGCGCCUGCUGAAUGGCGGCUUGAUCAACUCAUUGAAGGAGCUCAGCCAGAACAGAUAUUUCCCCAAAACUAGCAAGUCAGCAUCUGUGUUCCUCUACCAGCUGUGGUCUGACAAGGAUAUCCAAAACCUCCUGAAGAGGCAAGGGUUGAACAAGUCAUCCUUUAUCAACGACAUCACCACGGCGGCCCACAGGUCGAUUCAAGUAAUCGACUAGGAUGCGGGGGCCCACCCACUUUGUGCGCGGGGACAACCUUUCUCAUUUCAUUUUGUGUUCUUCAUCUUCUUUUAAAAGUGGAUUGGUGAGUGAGUGUUUUUAAAAAGAAAAUGUCAAUAAAGUUUUCAGGGGCAAAAUUGUCCUACAUUGA